CGCUGCCGGCUUGGAGCGGCCGCGGCCGCGGUCACGCGUGGGAAACGCGGUCCUCCCCGGGGAGCCAGGCGCCCGCCCCCCACGCCAGAGCCGGGACCAGAACCAGAACCAGGUCUUCCUUUUCUGGGCCGGUCCCCGCCGGGCAUGGGGAAGCGCUCAGAAGUGAUGGGGAGGCUUCCUGGUAACACAAGAAAUGGCUUCAUAACAUUUGACAGCAGAAUUCAUUUCUACAGUCUUCAAGAAGGUCUCUCCCAAGCACAGAUGCUGAUAGUUUCAGACAUUAAAGCAUUGUCAAGACCAUUCAUGGGGGGAAUGAUGGUCUUUUCAAGAAUGAUUGUGGAUAGCCAAGUUAUGGAAACAGCCAAGAUGCCCCAGCACUGACGAAUGGAUUAAGAAAAUGUGGUAUCUAUACACAAUGGAAUUUUAUGCAGCCAUGA